UAACGGCGACCGACGGCACGGCCUCUAGAACCCCACUAACCUAGUUAACCCAUUUCUCUGCAUCAGCAAUUCGAUCGCCGGCCCAUUGCUUCCCGCCCUCUCCGAGGAAACAUCUGUCUCUCCCUUUGUUUCCUCGACCCCGAUUAUCAACCAUUGCUCGCGCCAACUAUGCUCGAGAUAUGUGGCGGGAACCCGGACAAUGGCGACGACACGCGACAUGACGCCGAGGCCCGUGGCUGGAGGGGACUCUCGCCAUCUUUGCAAAUUCCGAAAAACAGGAGCACAGGAAAUCUUGGCGCCAUGGGCGACAGCUCCGAACGGGCUCGCAUCCGCUUCUCGUUCGAUGCCGGCACGGCAGCCGCUGAGUACGAUGCAAUGUCAAGGAGCUCCAUCAUGACGGACCACGACCAUGGCCUGGGCAUGUCCGGACUCAGACGCAUACGCCAGCAGCACAAUCCGAUGCGUGCCCCAACCAUGCCUUCGUCGCUAAGCGAGACGUCCUCCUCGGGCCCCGUAACAAGAUCAGUCUCGACCACCAUGCUACUGGAGCACACACUACCGCUAUCCCCAUGUCCAACCUCCCCCACUUUUACCGAAGACCUCUCGCGCUUCCCCUCCGAAUCUCUCCAUUCAUUUUCGUUUGCACACCAGUCCGAAGACUUGAUACACAGCCGUCAAAACGUUCUCAAAAGGUCCAUGGAGUUUAUGAGGGACCGGAUGGCCUGGGCGGCCUCGUCGAACGCUGGGAUAGCCAGCGCCCAGGCGCGGGCGACGGGUGAUGUGGAAACGCAAAACAUGCUGGAUCUGUUGGCGAGGGCGCGGCUGGUUGGCGCUGGGAACCUGCCCCACGGAGACCCCAGCAUGAUAACUGGACCACUGACUGGGCCGGCAACCGUCUCCGACGCCAAUGUAUUCGAAAAGGGGCUUGCCCCGAGGACUUCGAGUCCCGAGCCCAUCGACAGGACACCACUCGUCUCUCCGACCGCUCCGGUACCCCAGUUUGCCGCCUCCCAAAUCUUUAAUUCCAAGCAGGAUGUGCCAGUCACGACCUCGGAUUCGCGACCUCAGCCUCUGCCCGGCGAGGGCAUCGGGUCCGAGAACUCAUCGAGAACACCGACAAACGAGAGCGGUAUGAGCGGUACCACGGCCCAAACGUCGCCGCCAACAUCGAGACGCCCCAGCGUGCUGAAGCGGACUAUGACGGACACGGACACGAUUCAGGUCUCGGUACAACAGAAACUCAUAGACGUCAUGGCGCAGCCGUUCCUGGCUCUUGACACGUCGCCGCAGCCGCACCACAGAUCGUCGUUACCCUUCGCCCCGGCCCCGAAUACCCCUGCCGUCGCAGCGCCUGCCCUACUGAGCCACCCCACGAGGUGGGUGCCAGCCGCACAAGCCAUCUUUACCACGGAAUCGAAACCGCCAUGGACAAUCCUUGCCGCCAAUGAUUUGGCUUGCUUGCUUUUCGGUGUCACGACAGCCGAAGUUCGGAGGAUGGGCAUAUUGGAGGUGGUCCAGGAGGAGAGGAGAGCUUGGCUUGUGAGGAAACUGCAGAAAGGUAGUCAGGAUGAGGUCGGAGACGGUCCGGAGAGCGAAAUCGCUCAGCCGGCUCCUGCCGUGCAAACAUCAACUCUGCUCGGUGCCCGCUCUGGUGGGAUCACCGCGAAGCUUCUCAGCAAGCCAAACUCGAGGUCGUCGACGCCCAAGACCGGGAGGCGGCCAGCUACAAUCCACAGUGGCGAUCCGAAGCCCCCCAAGCCGGGACAGUCUCAUCGCACCAGCAGCAAAUCUAGGGGCGUGCUACUUUGUGGAGAUGUGGUCCCGAUCCAGAAACGCAAUGGCGCGACUGGAUCUGCCAGCUUUUGGGUGAUUGAAAAGCGGGUAGGCUUGAUAUGGGUGCUGGAGGAGAUCCACGAGGAUGUUGCACACAUCGACGUCGAUGAAGACGGAACAGUCGUCAAGCUUUCUGGUGCUCUGGGUCCCAUCUGGGGCAAUGCAAAGCUCCAGCCCGGCUUGGACGUUGGCAAGUUGAUCCCUCGAAUCCCGCGACAGGGCAUUGACCCGCGCUUUGGCGAAAUUGACUACAGGGAGAUCGCCAAGAAGAAGUACUACACCUGCCGGAACUGUGACAGAAUCAACAUUCCGGCAACGGUGGAGCAGGUUAGGGGGGCUACCCAACUGCGUGUGUCGAGCUUCCCGCACAUCGCAGGCAUCGUCGUGGUGUGCCCAGACAGUCUGGCCAUCAAGAGCUCCAAUUCGGUCUUCUGCGGCGCGCUAUUUGGUCACGAGAGGCCAGACGGCAUGUCCAUCAACCAGCUAGUGCCAAACUUUGACAAGGUCCUCCGAAUUCUCACCGAGCGGGACGGCAUCCACCUCGUCGAAGGCAUUGUGAUUCCCGAGCACUCUUUCCGGAAAGCCUGGGCCUUUCUGGCUCUCGAAGAGGGCCAGCCGGAUGCUGCCACUGGAUUGCUGCGCCCCGAGAGUCUGCCCGCUCGGCACCGGGACGGAUCUCAACUCAGGAUUGACAUCCAGAUGCGGGUGGUAAAGAGUGAGAAGCAGGUCACGACGUCCAGCGAGGCCGUGGUGGAUAACAGCGACGACGAGUCCGCGGCAGUCGAAGGCAACAAUAAGUUUGUUGUGGCGCAGACCGAGAUGGUCUAUGCUCUUUGGAUCACGUAUUCGAGGCACCUACAUGCUUCGCGGGUGAACCAGGGCGCGUCGUCGCCGGUGAUAUCUGGUGCGGCGACUCCUUUGCACCAGCCGUCACCAGGUCAAACGCCCGCCCACACGCCGUUGGAGUUACCAUCGGACUCGGACGAGUCGCAGAAGGAGGAGUCCAAGCCGUCUUCGCUAGCAAGGCAGCUCAAAGAGGCCGCCAUCAACGCUGCCGCCAGGCUCACGGGCUCGCAGAGGCCGUCCGAUUCGCACGGGGAGCGGCAGGUCGAGGCCGCCAGACCGGCGGAGUCGCCAGAGACGCCGAAGAAGAAGACUAUUGACGACUUUGUCAUUCUCGAGGACAUGGGCCAGGGCGCCUACGGACAGGUCAAGCUGGCGCGGUACCGCAGCACGGGCAAGAAGUGCGUGCUCAAGUAUGUUACGAAGCGGCGCAUCCUCGUCGACACAUGGACGCGCGACCGUAGGCUGGGCACCGUCCCUCUCGAGAUUCACGUGCUGGACUACCUGCGGCGGGACGGGCUGCGGCACCCCAAUAUUGUCGAGAUGGACGAUUUCUUUGAGGACGACGUCAACUACUACAUUGAGAUGGCACCGCACGGCCUGCCGGGCAUGGACCUGUUUGACUACAUCGAGCUGCGUACGAACAUGGACGAGCAGGAGAGCCGCAGCAUCUUUGUGCAGGUCGCCAGGGCCAUCCACCACCUCCACACCAAGGCGCUGGUUGUGCACCGCGACAUCAAGGACGAGAAUGUCAUUCUCGAUGGCGAGGGCCGCAUCAAGCUGAUUGACUUUGGGAGCGCGGCGUACAUCAAGAGCGGGCCUUUUGAUGUGUUUGUGGAUUACGCCGCCCCAGAAGUCCUCGCGGGCCAGCCGUACGGCGGGAAGGAGCAGGAUGUCUGGGCCCUCGGCAUCCUGCUGUACACCAUCAUUUACAAGGAGAACCCCUUUUACAGCAUCGACGAGAUUAUGGAUCGCGACCUGCGCGUGCCUUACACCAUUAGCGACGAGAGUAUCGAUCUCAUUAGGAAGAUGCUGGAUCGUGACGUCGGCAGGCGGUAUACCAUUGACCAGGUCCUGGCGCAUCCUUGGUGUCGGAUGGAGUGACGGGGUGUGCGUGAUGGCUGCUGGGGUUGGUUGAGGUUGAGGUUGAUGGGAGGGGCAGGGUGGGUG